AAAAAACUGCAGUUUCAAUAACCUGCAAAAAUGUUCACCCGUCUAGUUUGUGUCAAUGAUUAUGAACAACAUGCUAAAUCAGUACUUCAAAAGCCUAUAUAUGACUAUUACAGGUCUGGGGCAAAUGAUCAGGAAACUUUGGCUGAUAACAUUGCAGCAUUUUCCAGGUGGAAGCUGUAUCCUCGGAUGCUCCAGAAUGUUGCUGAAAUAGACCUGUCAACUACUAUUUUAGGACAGAGGGUCAGCAUGCCCAUAGGCGUUGGGGCGACCGCCAUGCAGUGCAUGGCUCACGUGGAUGGGGAGCUUGCAACUGUGCGAGCCUGCGCGUCCCUGGGAACUGGCAUGAUGCUGAGUUCCUGGGCCACCUCCUCUAUUGAAGAAGUGGCCGAGGCUGGUCCCGAUGCGCUGCGCUGGCUGCAGCUCUACAUUUACAAGGACCGGGAGGUCACCAAGCAGCUCGUGCAGCGGGCUGAAAGGACGGGCUACAAGGCCGUAUUCGUGACAGUGGACACACCUUACUUGGGCAACCGCUUCGACGAUGUGCGUAACAGAUUCAAGCUGCCGCCACAUCUCAGAAUGAAAAAUUUUGAGACCAAUGAUUUAGCAUUUUCUCCUAAAGAAAAUUUUGGAGACAACAGUGGACUUGCUGCAUAUGUGGCCAAAGCAAUAGACCCCUCUAUCAGCUGGGAGGAUAUUAAAUGGCUGAGGGGACUGACAACUCUGCCGAUUGUUGCAAAAGGCAUUUUGAGAGGUGAUGACGCCAGGGAGGCAGUUAAACACGGUGUGGAUGGGAUCUUGGUGUCGAAUCAUGGGGCUCGACAACUUGAUGGGGUGCUGGCCACUAUUGAUGCCUUGCCAGAAAUCGUGGAGGCGGCAGAAGGGAAAGUGGAAGUCUUCCUGGAUGGGGGUGUGCGGAAAGGCACUGAUGUUCUAAAAGCUCUGGCUCUGGGGGCCAAGGCAGUGUUUGUGGGGAGACCAAUCAUCUGGGGCUUGGCUGUUCAGGGGGAGAAAGGUGUCCAAGAUAUCCUUGAGAUAUUGAAGGAAGAAUUCCGGCUGGCCAUGGCUCUGAGUGGGUGCCAGAAUGUGAAAGUCAUCGACAAGACAUUGGUGAGGAAAAAUCCUUUGGCCGUUUCCAAGAUCUGACAGUGCACAAUAUUUUUCCAUCUGUAUUAUUUUUUUUUUCAGCGUGUAUUACUUGACAAAGAGACACUGUGCAGAGGGUGACCACAGUCUGUAAUUCCCCACUUCGAUACAAAGGGUGUCGUUCUUCUCUGACCAAAUAGCAAUCUCUUUUAGUUCAUUGCUUUUGACUUUUCAAUGGGUGUCCUAGGAACCUUUUAGAAAGAAAUGGACUUGCAUCCUGGAAAUAUAUUAACUGUUAAAAAGAAAACAUUGAAAAUGUGUUUAGACAACGUCAUCCCCUGGCAGGCGAAAGUGCUGAGAAACAGAAGAUAUCCUUUGGUAAAAUUGGAGGCAGCCAAAGUUAAGGUAUAAAGAUAAUGGAUGAGUAGAAAAAUAGGGGAAGGAAACAAACAGACAAACAGACAAAGGCACUCAGUGUUCUUUUUUACUUUAAUUGCUCUUUUUCACUUUAAUUAUUAUUCUUCUUAUUUGUGUGUGUGUG